AUGAGUGUCGACGUCGCUCAUCCAUCGGCCAACUUGACCUCGAAAGCUAUGCUUCACGAGUACGGACGCACGCAGGGCUUCUGGCCCGAUGGUCGGGUAUGGAAGAUACAAGACUACUGCAUCAAGAUGCAAGGUGUACAAUAUUCAAAGUCCCUGAAGCGAUGGACUAAUCUCAAAAAGCAAUUACCGAGCGAAGGUAUCCCACAACGAUCCCUUCCACACACAUUCAAGCUCGUAUCGUGGAAUCUCCAGCACGAAGAGCGCAAUUUUGGAGAGCGCUGCGCAACAGUAGUCGAAUAUCUCCAGGACAUCCUUCUGGACGAUGACGACGACGUCAUUACGGGUAGACCUGUCCCAUUCGUCCUCGCUCUGCAGGAGAUUCCCAAGAUUCAAUUCGGCACGAUUCUGAAGAUUCCGUGGAUCAAAGAAAGGUUUUCCGUCUUCCCGGAAGGCCCACAGACAUGGCCAACCGGCGCUACCUACGGCAACAUAACCCUCAUCGAUCGCUCUAUCCCGAUCUUCAGUGCAUCCAUGUUCUGGUACCCCAACUCCAAUAUGCAUCGAACGGCACUCGUCGUCGACAUCAUCGUUCCCCGAGCGAACUCAGACCCUAUCAGCUCGAAACCCGCUGAAGGGCGUACAUUUCGUAUCAUCAACACUCAUCUCGAGUCUCUUCCCGAGAACGUCCACCGUCGCAUGGAUCAGCUGUAUUGGCUGAAGCGAUAUAUCGACGAUCGCGAUAAAUGGGUUUCGGGAGUGGUACUUUGUGGGGAUAUGAACGCUUUACGAACGGAGGACGUUAACGUGGUUCCAGAGUUGGGGUUAAAGGAUGCGUUCGACGUGAAAGGAAAGAGGAAAAGGGAGCCGGGCGAUCUCGGCGUAACUUGGGUACACCCGAAGGGUCAGUUUCCGAGCGCUAGGUUGGAUAAGAUUUUGUAUAGGGAGAAUAAAGAGAAAUACGAGAUGGGGAUCCUACUGAGGGCUGGUCUCGGUCCAUUGAGAACGGAGCAGAUAAAUCAGCCGGUGUCGGAUCAUUAUGGAAUUACGACACUCGUGAGGAUCAAGGUGAAGGGAUAUUACAGACGCGCUGUCGACUAG